AUGGGAAACGAAAGCGCUAAAUUUAAACCUCAGCCGAUCGAGAUCAGAGAGACCUCACCCGCGUCGGAUAAAAACGGCGAAAUCAACUACAACAGCAUCAUGAAUUUGAACAACACUUCUUACGUCGAAUGGUUUGAGCAGCAGAAAGAGUACUGGAUGCCCUGGCCUGAGCCUGUUUUUUACAAGCUCUUUUUGGACCCAGAAGGGCGAAAUGCAAGCAUAAGCGCCACGAGAGUGGAGAUUUGGAGCCGAAACUUUUUCAGCGAGGAGGUCUUUUCGAUCUUUAGGGGAAAGUACAUCGGCGGCAAAACAGAUAAGCCAGGAAACAUGUUCUUGUUUGACAUAAUGAAGUCGGGUUGGGAAGACGCAGCGCUCGAGAGCGGAAAUAGCGAGAUCAACUUUGACAUUGUUAUGAGCCACGCGCCGCUUAUGCGAACCUGCAUCACGCUCUACAGCUACGUUGAGCUCCAGCAGAGGUAUUUGGAAUACAAAGGAUUCCAAGGCAGCAUAAACGUGACUAUGCGAUUUGCUCAUCCAUCCUCCUGGGAUGUUCACAACUACGAGGCCAAAGCGGCACUUAUUGGAGCGAUGCAGCGACUGGAAGGCGUCGGUAUUUCGAUCUAUGUGAUGGACACGGUCGAAAUUAUGGACGAAAAAUUCCGAUCUGCAAUGGACAAGCGCUCAAAAUGGACUGGCGAUGGCAAGAAACCGCCACCAAAAACACACCGAUCUGGUGCAGGGAACCGCCCAAUGACAAAGUACAGACAUUUGAAAGAAAGAAAUCAUGACGAUCGGGUGCAAAGAUUUGGAUCUCAGAUGUCUCUUGGCAGUCAGUUCGAGGAAAGCUUCAGUCCAGAAACUCCGAAAAUCCGCAAAACUUUACGCGGCACGGACAAUUAUGCAGAAUGGGUAAAUGCCAAGUUUGAAGACUUACUGUAUGGAGACAACGAUUCGAUUAAAGAAAACGUUUCUUACUGUCACUAA